AUGACAGCACAACGUCACGACGACGAACAACGUCUGGUUCAAGCACAACCUCCAGGCACGGAAGAGUAUACGACAGGAGAGACCGACGAAACGGAGUCGUCCGAGCCGGAUGACAGCACAGCGGGACGACCUCCGAAAGACGAUACCACCACCACGGAAAACACGGACCCACCGACGACGAACAGCACGAGGAAAUGUCCUUGCGCAAAAGGUGGUUACUGGACCGCGUGGGAAGACGUCGGAACAUGCUUGCCGGGGUCAACAUUCCUUGCCACUGGAGCAUCCGCUUGGAAUCAACACAAUUACACUUGCGGUCUUUGUGGACUUCAAAUGCAGCGGCGAACAUGUGCAUCUGCGGCAAGGGCAUGCUUUUGCAGCGGGGCCUCUGUUCGUUUAAUACCAUGUGGGAAAAAUGUCUGCAAAGGUGUUGAUGAUCGGAAAGUGUUCCCGAAUCAACCAUGCUGCGCCGGCGCCAUCCUUGGUGAAUGUGGCACGGCAUGCGAGCCAAUCGAAGAGCCUAGCGACGAACCGGUGUACACGGAUCCGUUCGCCGAUGCCAACUGUCAGUCUGACGUGACACAAAUUACUGAGCACCGGAGAUGUCCGUGCCCAAAGAAUGGCGCCUGGAGCUCAUGGAGAAAUGCAAGCAAAUGUCCUGCUGCACCCAUGAUGUACCGAGAGGCUUCAGGAGAUCAGUAUGAGCCGCACCAGGCUUGUGGUAGUUGCCACAAAAUCUGGCAGACACGCACUUGCCUAUCGGAAAGGCGAGGAUGUCCAUGCAGUGGUGCUGCCACCCGAGAAGUUCCUUGUGGACGUGAUGCCUGCCUAGCUCCGCUAUCUCGUUGUUGCAACAACACCGGACAUAUUUAUCUACGUUACAACUGGCAAUUGCGCAAACCGCAAUGCCUUCCUGAGGAUGUUAGUGACUGGGAUGACGCUGCCAGAUUUCCCGACCCCUACCCCAACGACAACGAGUGCUUGGCCACAAUUCCCACCAAAGAAUGUCCUCUGUCCAAUCGUCACAACACAUCCUCGGAAUUUUCUGGCGACCCGUCGAAGAUACCUGCCAGCGCAUCAACUGAGACGAGGACCUACAACAACAACAACCAAAACGACGAUGACCGCGUCAUCCAGCUCAAGUGUGACCACCUCGACAAAGCCAGCUAUUUCCUCAUCUAUUCAUACUACAUCAACAAGGCCUACGAACACGUCCAGCACACAUCAACGAAGCCCACAACAAAGAGUUCCACUACGAGUAUCACCUCAACAACACAUGCAAAGACCGAGGCAAGCACAUCAACUACCUCUCGCCCCUCUACGACCAGAGGGACCGAGUCGACUGAAAACAAGUCCAAACAAACCACUACAACUUAUGCGAACACCACGACGUCUUAUGUAUCCACCACCCCCACAAGCCUUGGAACCACAACGCUUGAUUUUUGUCGGCCGUUAGCUUCCUGCGCGGAGGUCGGAAAUGGUUUCAAGGAGUACUACGGAUCUUGUUUCAAGGUCAUCCAAGUGGAGGGAACAUACAGCGAGGCAAGAGACCGUUGCGGCCAGGAAGCAGGCACGUGUGCAAUUCUUGGAGUGGUACAGUGUCGGACGCAAAACCUUGACGUUCUUGAACUCAUCCAAGGCGCUGAUUUCUGGGAUCAACACUGGAGUUAUGGAGAAGACUUCUGGCAAAGGCAAAUGUGGGUCGGGAUCUAUGAUGUGGAGAAUGGAAUGUUCACCACCACCAGGAAUUCUUCAAAUUAUACAAACUGGGCACCCGGCGAACCAAACGAUCGUGGUCAGGAGCGUUGCGGACAGAUGUAUAUCGAUGACUGGAACGACCUACGACAAGGCACUUGGAACGACUUAAACUGCUCAACCAACGUGUUUGCCGCGUUGUGUGAAGUGCCAGUGUUAACCUCGCAACAUGGUUGUGUGAACCAGAAAUCGGCAGAAAGUGUAGCUCCACUACAGUUGGUCGAAAAAAACGCUGCUGGAGCGCCAAAGGUGGUCAGGCUGAUGAAAUCGGCAAAUGAAGUCAAGCUAAAACCGGAAAGCUGCGUAUUGGAUACAACAUGCCCAGCUGGUUGGAUAUCAGCUGGAGGGAGUUGCUACACGAUUGUACAAGUCAAUUCAACAUUUGCCGAUGCGGAAGCGAUGUGCCGGAAGACGCUGGGCACUUGUGGACAAUUGGCAACGAUCCGCUGUUUGAAGGAGCGAAAGGGGAUAUUGAACUACAUCCAACGAAAUACUUAUUUCACAGGCCAAGUCAUAGAUCCAGAUGAUAUGACUUACUCGAUGUGGAUUGGGUUGUACAACGUGAAGAAGGACACCGGCGGGAUUUGGAUGGGCGGUUCAGCUUCGGAUUAUCGGUAUUGGGGUGACGAUCAGCCACGACAUGGCGGUGGUUGUGUGUUGCAUCCUUUGAAAAGAGGAGUCACCUGGAUGGCGGGUGAUUGGUACGAGGUCGACUGCCAGAGUCGCUUACUGCGACGACCGCCGAAUUUUGCAAUAACCCAACAGAAGACGAUUGGC